CUAAAUUCUGUUUUGACAAGUUUUUUUUUCUUUCCGUGAUCAAAUCUUUUGUCUUUGCUAUGCUGCAGGCCUAUUCUACGGUUGGAACACCUGACUAUAUUGCCCCUGAAGUUCUGCUGAAGAAAGGAUAUGGCAUGGAAUGUGAUUGGUGGUCUUUGGGAGGUAUAAUGUAUGAAAUGCUAGUAGGAUAUCCGCCCUUUUAUUCAGAUGAACCAAUGCUGACUUGUAGAAAGAUAGUAAAUUGGAGAACUCAUUUAAAAUUUCCAGAAGAAGCUAAACUAUCUCCAGAGGCAAAGGAUCUUAUUAGCAGACUACUUUGUAAUGUGCAGCAGAGGCUUGGAACCAAAGGGGCUGAUGAAAUAAAGGCUCAUCCAUGGUUCAAAGGCAUUGAAUGGGACAAAUUGUACCAAAUGAAAGCUGCUUUUAUUCCUGAGGUCAAUGAUGAAUUAGAUACUCAAAAUUUUGAGAAGUUUGAGGAGGCGGACAACCAAACUCAACCUUCCUCAAAAGCAGGCCCAUGGAGAAAGGUUCUUCCAAUAGACCAUUUCUUCUCCUUUGAAGCUUCACGAUAUGUUGUGAGAUUAUUGGGGUUUGGACUGGGCGGGACAUAAAGAAGAUUAUGUCCCGCCCAAAAUAAACAAUAAACCAUUGAAGAUAGCCAUGGCGGGAAGUGCGACACAACGAGCUUCAUUGC